AUGCACGUUUUCAAGUCUGGCGGCUCGACCUACGGCGUUGCUCUGGCAAAGUAUGCCCGGGCGCACCACAUGCCCUUCUUUACGGACAUGAGAGAGGGCGGCCCAUCAGAGGUGCCCAAAUACCUUCGCAGCUUCAAUCCCAGUGCCAAGCACCUCGCGGUUGACGCACCGCCCCCAAAGUCCAACUUCAGUAUCUUCCACGGCCAUCUGGUCGACAUGGGCUUUGGGAAGUUGAACCAUCACCACACUGGAGCCUUCAACCAGUUCUUCCCGAGCCCUGCGAUGGCGAUGACAAGGGCCCCCCUGUUGGCUGUGGCUCUUCGUGAACCUGCUGCCCGCCUAAUGUCGGCCUUUUUGCAGUUGACAGCGGGGCUGGAUCACAAGUCAGGUGCCUCCCUGUCCAUGGACCCCAAUUCUCUUCAAGGAGGCACCAUGGACAAGGGCGAUGUGGACCUCAUGUUCGCCGAGUUCAUGAAGCAGCAAGGGGUGGCACAGUGCAGGAUUGUACCAAACCAAGUCUUCGGCCCGCGCUUCGCAGCACCCUGUGCUGCAAUGAACGACUUGGAACAGGCGCGCCUGGAUGCGAUGAGUGACCUCCUACGUCAAUACAUCCUGCCCCUGAUCACAGAGCGCGUAGAGGAAUCUGCGGCGCUCCUGGAUGUAUUCUUGGGACAUCCGACCCCACCGUCCUUGUUGCAGCUCGUCCGCUAUGGACUGCCGGUCCGCUGCAGCAGCUACGAGGGCUGGCGGGAAGGACGGCGGCACGCCAUCUUGGAAGAAUGUCGCGACACAGGAGACAAGGGCUCUGCCAACCAGGCUGGAGCAUUGGUGUCUUCGUCUGUCCGGCGGGUGGUCAGGAAGGUUAUGGGUUAUGAGCUGUGGUUGUAUCGCAAUGCGACAGCCAUUUUCGAGACCCACUUGAAGCUGUAUGACAUCCGAGCUCCCGAGCUGUCUACAUCCCAAGAAUUCGCUUGCAAGCCGAAAACUCUGCAAGGUUGCUCUAAGAAGGAGGCCAAGUUCAUCUCCAGGUGGCAGACUAAGCCAAAUGCAGAGCUGACGGCGGAGAUCAGUCGACUCAAGGGCAACAUGGGCAAGUCUGUUACCAGCGACAUCAACGCACUCAAAAAGCUUGCAUACCUAGAGAAGCUGCUGGGCGCUGCCGCAAAGCCCAAACAGAGUGCAGAAUUGUGA